CAAUCGCGCCGUCGAGAUCUCCAAAGUUGGGGGCGAAGCAGAACAAGUGACAAGUCGCAGCAUCGUCGCAUCCAAUCGGACGCGGUUUUCGUAAUUCGUAACUUCGUACAGGAGUUCGGGCGGGUCGGGUGCCGAACUAUAACCAUCGGCCAUCUUAGGGAAUUUUCGCUCCUUCCUACAGUGAUAAAGCAACGUUCAUCCAUCCGUUUUUGUUUGUCCUCCCGAGCUUACUUCCACUCACCACUCGAAUCAAUCCAGCUCGUAAUUGUCAAUAUCAAAAGUUGUUUGUGUACCCAGCUAGGUCCCCAACUGAGCAAUCAUGGAAUCAAAGACAGCAUCCCGCUCGGAGGCUAGCGGGGGGAAACGAUCGAGCGUUUUCCAGGCGAUCUUGACACCAAUUCACUUCGUGUCGUUCCUCCUAUCUCUUUACCUCGUGGACUGUCAUUAUCAUGCCAAGCGUAUCCAGGAACACUCGGAGCAAUACAAUCGUCUGCCUUCCUGGGCCUCGCCUUCAUGGUUGGAUCGAAUAGUGUUCAGCCCACAGCCGUACGGAUGGGUUGAUCGAAAGAGACGCGAAUCACAGAGAGCCGGGCCAAAUGAGGAACGUUGGUAUUACCACACCAAACAGAAGAAGCUUAUGAAGAUGGAAGCAGCAGAUGCUUUCGAGCUCCAGCGUAGCAUCCUACUUGGACUAUGUGCUGUGGUGCUCUUCUCACUAUGGGUGCUCUGGCGUCUGAGUGCUAAAUUCUGGUCCUGGACCGCAAACUGAUCCACGGAUGUUUGGGAGUAUUGCCAUCAGGGACGGUUUUUUUAUUCGGGC